CGAAGUCACAUUCACCUACCGAAAACCAAAAAAAAAUACACACAAUGGCUAAAACCUCUCUUCCUCUGGCCGCCUCCUUCCUCCUCCUCCUCCUCCUCAUCUCCUCCGCUGCUGCCGCAGACACCGGCCGUCUCUUCCUCACCGUCGUUAACCACUGUCCCUUCGCCGUCUGGCCAGCCAUUCAGGCCAACGCUGGCCACCCCGUCCUUGAAAAAGGUGGCUUCGCUCUCCCAACCAACACCCACCGCUCUUUCUUCCCACCAUCUACCCACUGGUCCGGUCGCAUAUGGGGCCGAACUGGCUGCUCCAACUACAACGGAAAGUUCUCCUGCGUCACCGGAGACUGCGGCCACCGUCUCGAAUGUAACGGUCUCGGGGGCGCAACUCCUGCUUCUCUCGCUCAGUUUGACCUCCACCACGGUGGACACCAAGAUAUAUCCUCUUACGGUGUCUCUCUCGUCGACGGUUUCAACGUUCCGAUGACUGUGACUCCUCACGAAGGCCGUGGAGUUUGUCCCGUCGUUGGUUGUCGCGAAGACCUCUUGAAAACGUGUCCGUCUCAUCUUCAGCUCCGGUCGCACGGUGGACACGUGGUGGCUUGUAAGAGUGGGUGUGAGGCGUUCCGUACGGAUGAGUUGUGUUGUAGGAAUCAUUACAAUAGUCCUCGGACGUGUCGAGCUUCGAGCCACUCUCUGUUCUUUAAACACGCGUGUCCUUCGACUAUGACUUUUGCGCAUGAUAGUCCAUCGCUUAUGCAUGACUGUUCUUCUCCCAGAGAGCUCAAAGUUAUCUUCUGCCACUAAUGUGUCUCCCGUUUCGGCUUGUUCUACGGUUGUAUUCGAAAUAUUGCACGAUCUCUUAUCUUUAUGUUUGCUUUGAUUUUGUUUUGAAUGGGUUUUAGUUUGCGAUUUCCCGGUUCAGUUAUGUAGUUGUUCAAAUGAUGUAGUCCAACUAUGAAAUAAUGUAAUAGUCUCUUAGAUUUGCCUC